CCCUUUUGUUUAUCCGUAGUGUAACCAGGAAGUGGUGCAGGAGCAAUUGACUGACAUUGAACUUUCCUAAAGGCGGCGUUUUAACCAUCAUUUUGGAGUUAAACUGAAUAAAUAAACUGUGAGUUCCUCAUGCUGAGCACCAAGCGUCUGGCUGAUGUGGGUUACCGCGUCUUCUCCGGGUCCAUGAUGCUGCUGACCAUGUACGGAGGCUACCUUUGCGCCAUGCGCGGCUACCGCUACAUGCUGAGACAGAAGCAGCUCAAACUGGAUGCACAGAAUCAGAACAUCGACCCCGAGAUCGUCAAGGACUGAUCAUACGUUCAUACAGUAGCGGCUGGGUCUCAUCUCCAUGGCGAUGAGAUCCCACCCACAUCCACAUAUGGAUGGCAAAUACAGAUUUCAAUGAAGUGUAAAAAUGUUAUUUUGUUUAACUCUGAUUUUUCUGUUGUAAUAUAUUAAAUAGUAAACAAAUAA